CAAAACAUUAGAGUAGAGUAAGAAAGAACAAAUUUUUAAGAAUAGAAGAAAGUGUCACACGCCUCAUUUUCCAAGAAGCAACAAACAACAAUCGAGUUCUCCGCCAUGGCAGCACCUCAGGAGAAUCAGCCUCUUCAAACUCAGCAACUAUAUUACUGGGGAACAACGCCAGAAUCAGACUAUUACACUGCCCAAGGAAUCAAAUCAACCAAAUCCUUUUACACUUCACCCAGAGGCCUUACCCUAUUCACCAGAGCAUGGCUACCCACCGCCGGCACGCCACGUGGCAUCAUCUUUAUGGUCCACGGCUAUGGGAAUGACAUUAGUUGGACUUUUCAAGCAACCCCAAUUUUCCUUGCCCAGAAUGGGUAUGCUUGCUUUGCCCUUGACCUAGAAGGCCAUGGCCAAUCAGAAGGGCUCAAGGGUUAUGUGCCAAAUCUUGAUCUUGUUAUAGAGGAUUGCCUUUCAUUCUUUAAUUUCACCCUCACCCAAAACCCCCAAUUCAAGAAUCUCCCAAAGUUUCUGUAUGGGGAAUCAAUGGGGGGAGCUAUUUCUGUAUUGAUCCACCUUAAAACCCCUGAGGGGUUCAAUGGGGCAAUCUUGAUAGCUCCCAUGUGUAAAAUCUCUGAAAAGGUGAGGCCUUCUUGGCCUAUUCCCCAAGUCUUGACUGCCCUUUCAAGAUUUGCACCCACCCUCCCAAUUGUGCCCACUGCUGAUUUGAUGCAUAAGUCUGUGAAAGUCCCAGGCAAGAAAAUCAUUGCUGCCAUGAAUCCCUAUAGGUAUACUGGGAAGCCAAGAUUGGGGACUGUGGUGGAGCUUUUGAGGGCCACAGACUAUGUUAGCAGCAAACUGAGUGAUGUGGAUUUCCCCUUUGUGGUGUUACAUGGCAGUGCUGAUGUUGUGACUGAUCCAGAAGUGAGCAGGGAGUUGUACCGAAUGGCGAAAAGCAAGGAUAAGAGCAUCAAGAUUUAUGAUGGUAUGAUGCACUCCUUGUUGUUUGGAGAAACUGAUGAGAAUGUUGAGCUUGUUCGAACCGAUAUCUUGAAAUGGUUGAAUGAUAGAUGUUGAAAAGAUUGUUGUUUCUCAUAGCAUAUGAUUCUAGAGUUAUUAGUGUUGACUGUUGAGAAAUCUGAUGACUGUGUGAGUGAUUUAUCAAUUUGAUAUGAGCACUGUGAAUCAAUAUCAUUGAAUUGCUAAUUGUACAUCUUAUAUUGCUAUUGCACAAGCAUACCUCAUCACAAAA